GCUCUUAGUCGUGUGAGAUUCUGUUGUUAUCUUGCAACAUGCAGUAUAUUGCGCAAUCCAAACAGCCCUACAGUUGAAUCUUUCGGUGCUAUCUGUAUUGCCUUUGUCUUGUCGUGGUUGUGAUUUUUAGUGCUUCGAGAGUGGGGGAGAGAGAGAGAGAGAGAGAGAGAGAAAGAGAGAGAGAAAGCUGCAGAGGGAAUUGGUGCAGAUUUUGUGGAGCUUCAGUUUGUGUUCGAGCAGAGAAGCUCUGGAGUUUUUUUGUUGAGGUUUUGGAGUUGUAGAGAUGGAGUUGGGUUCGGCUGAAAUAGCGGAGACGAUAGCCUUGAAGGCGGUUACACUGACUCACGUGCGGUAUCACCAGGGGGAUUUGCUUGGCCACGCUCUGUCGUGGUUUUCCUUGCUGCCGGUGUUCAUCGCUUUGGGUGGCUUUAUGUCGCAUUUCAUCUUCCGGCGAGAGUUACAGGCCAUGUUCUUUGGCUUGGGACUGAUUGUGAAUGAAAUCGUGAACCAGAUCAUCAAGGAACUAGCCCACGAAGCCCGGCCUCUAACUUGCGAGGCGUUGGAGAUGUGCGAUUCCAACGGGUGGCCAUCGAGCCACUCCCAGUACAUGUGCUUCUUCUCAAUGUAUUGUACUCUUCUGGUGACGCGCAGGCUCCACUUCGCCGACGAGUUCCGACGAAUCUUUGUUGCCCUACUGCCCUGGCCAUUCGCGCUCACUGUCAUGUACUCCAGAGUAUACCUGGGUUACCACACCACACCUCAGAUCAUAGCCGGAGGCAGCUUGGGUCUCCUCAUGGGCGCCGGAUGGUUCUUCCUCAUGAAUAACAUAGUCUCUAAAUGGUUCCCUUGGGUGGAGGAUACCAGCGUGUGUCGGUACCUCCGCAUCAAGGAUAGCUCUCACAUCCCUGAUGUCAUUGGUUUCGAGUACCGAAACUCUCGAGAUGCACGUCGCAAUCCUCACAAAUACGAAAUCUCUACAACGAACUCCGACAAGGUAUCUCAGGAUUGAAGAUAGUAAUAAAACUGCUGCGAAGUCUGCAAGCCACCGCGAAUACACAUCCACAGAAUGACAUUGUAUGGCAACAGUCCAGAAAACGUGCCGGAAACGAGACAGCGGAUUCUCAACACUCGUUGCUCGCGGACAAUUUACAACAGGCCAUGGAGACCCUUGGGAAGCAAGGAAUCAUAGACGAUGAAGCACUGGGUGUGGGAAACCCUAAACCUGGUUUUCUAAGGAGCCCUAAUCUUGCUGAGUGUGUAGUCUUUGGUCCAAGUGUUUGAAUGGAUGUGUUUUGGUUGUCCUUUCUUGUGACCCACUUUGGAAAACUCUUAACUCAAAGCUGUCUUGCACCCAAUUGGAUGUAGUAGGUUAAGCAGUAAUUCACUUUUGGAAAUCAUUUGUUUAUGUUGUCAGAAAGCCUGUCCCAAAAUACAAGCCUUGUAGGAGUAGGCAUAGUGAAGCAUAUACUCAUCACAUGGAAAUUGAAUUGAAUUUUUUGUAAGUUUCAUCUAUACAUGUAUUUGACACAAUUCAGUAGAUACAUAUAUAUAUAUAUAUAAGAUCCAAUUCCUUCGA